UCUUCUUCUUUCUCAGUCCCCACAUUCUGAAGCAAUAUAUACUUGUUUCAUCCAUUACGAAAGCAACAACUUUCCCAGAAAAGGACAAAGAUAGUUAUGGAUGUCAAUGCUGAUCACCCCCACAACACUCACACAAAACAAAACACGUAGUACGACUCUGUUUCUCUAUCUGAAAUUCAACACUUGCUUAGUCAAGAAAUAUCAGAUUACGAGUGGCUUUCCAGUUCUGAAGAACAAAACAAUAUUGGGUUUCCCAAAUCUUCAGUCAUAGGAUAAAUGGCAUCUGAACCUGUCAAUGUGAAUGAAUUCCAAGAAUUGGCUAGGCAAGUACUUCCAAAAAUGUACUAUGAUUACUAUAGUGGGGGAGCUGAGGACCAAUUCACGCUAAAAGAGAAUGUUGAAGCAUUUCGCAAAAUCACGUUAAGGCCUAGAGUUCUUGUAGAUGUGAGCAGAAUCAAUAUGUCAACCACUAUAUUGGGUUACAAAGUCUCAGCACCUAUAAUGAUUGCUCCUAGUGCUAUGCAUCAGUUAGCACACCCUGAAGGAGAGGUCGCUACUGCUAGAGCAGCAGCUGCAUCCAAUACCAUAAUGAUUUUGUCCUACAAUUCUACCUGCACGGUGGAGGAGGUUGCUUCGAGCUGCAAUGCUAUUCGGUUCUUUCAAUUAUAUAUUCACAAGAGACGAGAUAUAUCGGCUCAGAUGGUUCAAAGAGCUGAAAAAAAUGGAUACAAGGCUAUUGUCCUGACUGUUGAUGUCCCCAGGCUUGGUAGGAGAGAGGCAGACAUAAAGAACAAAAUGGUUGCUCCUCAGUUGAAGAACUUUGAAGGUCUAAUAUCAACUGCACUAGACUCUGAUGAAGGAUCCAACUUGGAAGCUGUUGCCAGAGCGACCUAUGAUGAUUCUUUGUGCUGGGAGGACGUAAUAGGAUGGUUAAAAUCUAUUACAAACUUGCCAAUUCUAGUCAAGGGUAUACUCACUCAUGAAGAUGCAAGAAAGGCUGUGGAAGUUGGUGUUGCCGGGAUUGUGGUCUCUAAUCAUGGAGCGCGACAACUAAACUACACUCCUGCCACUAUUUCUGUCCUGGAAGAGGUCAUUCAAGCUGUUGGAGGGAAAGUUCCUGUUCUUUUUGAUGGAGGAAUACGACGAGGAACUGAUGUCUUCAAGGCAUUAGCCCUCGGUGCACAAGCCGUCCUUGUUGGAAGGCCUGUUAUCUAUGGCCUUGCAGCAAAUGGAGAAGACGGGGUGAGAAAGGUGAUGAAGAUGUUGAAGGAUGAGUUAGAGCUCACUAUGGCUCUCUCUGGCUGUCCUAGUGUUAAGGAUAUUACCAGGAGCCACGUGAGAACAGAAUGUGAUAGACUCCGCUCCAUGCUUUAAUUUCUUCUUCUUCUUGUUUU